GUCUUUCCAAACCUCAAACCUUGCGGGUCAAAUAUGCGUGGUGGUGAAAGCCACGGGGGACCCACUCUGCCUGAGAAGCCGUCACCGUCAUCGCACACACCCUGCGACCUGCCUAACGGCCGGGCUCCCACGUCGACAGGUCUGCCCCCCGCAAAGAAACCUGUGAGUUGGAGGAGACCUUCUGUGGUUGGGGCUGGCCUGCAGAACCUGGGGAACACGUGCUAUGCGAAUGCGGCGCUGCAGUGUCUGACGUACACACCACCCCUCGCCAGCUACAUGCUGUCCCAGGAGCACUCGCGAAGCUGUGGGAGGCAGCCAUUCUGCGUGCUGUGUGCUCUGCAGGCUCACGUGACCCGGGCCCUCUGCCGUCCGGGAGAUGUGAUCCGGCCUCCGCCAAAGCUGCUCGCUGCCUUCCACACACACAGGCAGGAGGAUGCCCAUGAGUUUCUGAUGUUCACUCUGGACGCUAUGCAGCAAGCGUGUUUGCGUGAGGACAAGCCUUCAGAGCCUCAGGCUCACGACGCCACCCUCAUCCGGCAAAUCUUUGGGGGGUACUGGAGGUCUCAAAUCCAGUGUCUCCACUGCCAGGGUGUCUCCAGCACUUUGGACCCUUACCUGGACAUUAGCCUGGAUAUCAGGGCAGCUCAGAGUGUGAGCCAAGCUUUGCAACACUUGGUGAAGCCCGAACAGUUGGAUGGUGAAAAUGCCUAUCGUUGUAGUACUUGUCUCGACAAGGUACCUGCUUCCAAGACGUUGACUUUGCACACUUGCUCCAAGGUCCUGAUGCUCGUAUUGAAACGAUUCUGCCAUUUCACGGGCAGCAAACUGGCGAAGGAAGUGCAAUAUCCUGAGCGCCUUGACAUGCGACGCUACGUGUCUGGGCGGAACGGGGGGUCGCUGACUUAUGUGCUCUAUGCCGUGCUGGUGCACGCGGGCUGGAAUUGUCACAGCGGACAUUACUUCUGUUACAUCAAAGCUGGGAACGGCCAGUGGUACAAAAUGGAUGAUGCGAAGGUGACCGCCAGUGAUGCGACGUCUGCCCUGAGCCAACACGCCUAUGUCCUCUUUUACAUCCAGAAGAGUGAAUUGGAAAGAGACCGUGGGAGUGAGCCAGGUGCUGGGGAAUCCACAUGCCUCCAGGCUGACCACGCAGGCACGGCUGCGGCCCAAGGGGGGCCUGAAACCGACCCCAGCAUCGAGGUGCCACCAUCGGAGGAUCACGUGGAAGAGACGCCACUGCCAGCAAUCACGUUAGACCAGUGGAGAUUCCUCCAAGAAAGCCACCGUCCCAAGUCUGAAUUCAACCUCAGGAAGCUAGAAUUUGCUCUUCCCCCCGACGCAGUCCUAAUUCACCAGUCCAAAUACACAGAUGAGAUGGGAAAGGAUCACCGUGAACCAAACAUCUACCGGCUCAACAGUUCAGCCAGGGACAUCCCACCUCAGAGGGCAACGGCCAUUAACCGAGUCCCUUGUCUCACCGGCAGAGCCAGAGCUACCAAGAGGAAGAACAAGAAGGGACAGAGGUCUCAGGAAGCAGUGCAGGGAUCCCACUACAGGCUUUGAGAUACACGCCUGCCCACGUGCACACUCACCCGCCCUCACUCACUACUCACUCACUCCCAGUACCUUGUAGGCCACAUUUUGUGUGUUGUAGGUGGGUGUGAUCGGGACAUGUGGAGGGACCAUGAAUCUGGCUGUAUUCAAGAGGUAUGGCAUUCCAGUUGACAUGGAGAAUCCUGAGCUUUAAGGCUGGCUGGCUGUAAUGAUGUUAUUGGAGAGGUGUGGAUUAUGCUGGGUAUUUGGAAGGUUUCUCCCCUCCAUCAGCAC